AUGGCUCCUGUCUUCUUCCUUCUACCGCUCCUACUCGGCCAGAUCCUUCUCUGUGCAGCCGUCGACACCAUCAACUCCUCCACACCCUUGUCCGGCGCGCAGAAGAUUGUGUCCAAGGGCAACAAGUUCACCUUGGGCUUCUACACCCCACCCCAAGGUACCACCACCUCCUCCAAUCCCAGCAACUACUACAUCGCCAUAUGGUACAGCAACAUACCACUGCAGACGACGGUGUGGAUGGCCAACCCCGAUGUGCCGGUGGCUGACCCAACCACAGCCGCCUUGACCAUCAGCAGCGACGGCAAUCUCGUCCUCCAAUCCCAGAAUCGGCUGCUGUGGUCGACGAACAUAAGUAUUAGCUCCAAUUCCACCAUAGCUGUCCUCCAGGACAGCGGUAGCCUCGACCUCACAGAUGCCACCAAUUCAUCCAUGGUUUACUGGCGAAGCAUCGAUCAUCCCACAAACACCUGGCUUCCUGGGGGGAAGCUUGGGCUGAACAAGACCACUGGUGUGAGCCAGCGGCUUGUUCCAUGGAGUAACACUGCCAACCCCUUUCCCGGGCCGUUCUCACUGGAGUUGGAUCCAAGAGGCACGACGCAAUACUUCAUUCAGUGGAAUGAUUCCAUAACAUACUGGACAAGUGGUCCUUGGAAUGGAAACAUCUUUAGCCUUGUGCCCGAGAUGACCUCUGGUUACAACUAUGACUUCCAGUUCAUCAACAAUGCGACCGAGAGCUACUUCAUCUACUCAAUGAAGGACAACAACAUCAUCUCGAGGUUCAUCAUCGAUGUGGAUGGGCAGAUCAAGCAGCUGACAUGGGUGUCUGCCUCCCAGUCAUGGAUCUUGUUCUGGUCCCAGCCAAGGGCACAGUGUGAGGUUUACGCGCUUUGCGGGGCCUAUGGUAGCUGCAACCUCAAUGCACUGCCAUUCUGCAACUGCAUCAGGGGGUUCAGCCAGAAGGUUCAGAGUGAUUGGGAUCUCCAGGAUUACAGUGGCGGGUGCAAAAGGAGAGUACCACUGCAGUGCCAGACCAAUUCGAGCUCUGCACAGGCUCAGCCUGAUAAGUUCUAUACCAUGGAAAAUGUGAGGCUACCUGAUAAUGCUCAGACUGCUGUGGCGGCGAGCUCAAAAGACUGUCAAGUGGCUUGUCUGAACAAUUGCUCUUGUAAUGCAUAUACUUAUAACAGUAGUGGCUGCUUUGUUUGGCAUGGGGAUCUGAUUAACCUUCAGGAUCAAUACAGCGGAAAUGGAGGAGGCACACUCUUCCUCAGGCUUGCAGCUUCUGAGCUGCCAGACUCCAAAAAGAGCAAGACAGUGAUCAUUGGUGCAGUUGUUGGUGGAGUUGCUGCAGUUUUAAUAGUCCUUUCUAUUGUGUCAUACUUCCUAUUUCAGAAAUACCGCCGAGAAAGGACUCUCAGGAUAUCCAAGACUGCUGGGGGCACAAUGAUUGCCUUUAGGUAUAGUGAUCUGCAGCAUGUCACUAACAACUUCUCAGAGAGGCUGGGUGGAGGUGCCUUUGGCUCAGUGUUCAAAGGGAAGCUCCCAGAUUCAACAGCCAUUGCUGUGAAGAGGCUCGAUGGAGUUCAGCAAGGGGAGAAGCAAUUUCGUGCUGAGGUGAGCACCAUUGGCACAACACAGCAUGUUAAUUUGGUACGCCUCCUUGGAUUUUGCUCAGAAGGAUCACGAAGGCUGCUUGUGUAUGAGUUCAUGCCAAAGGGCUCCCUGGACCUGCAGCUAUUCUCUGGUGAGACAACAGCACUGAGCUGGGCUACCAGGUACCAAAUAGCACUUGGAACAGCAAGGGGCUUAAAUUACCUGCAUGAAAAAUGUAGGGAUUGCAUUAUACACUGUGAUGUCAAGCCAGAAAACAUACUCUUGGAUGAGUCCUUUGUGCCUAAAGUGGCUGAUUUUGGUCUAGCAAAGCUCUUAGGCAGAGACUUCAGCCGUGUAUUGACAACAAUGAGAGGAACAAGGGGUUACCUUGCACCUGAAUGGAUCAGUGGUGUGGCAAUAACACCAAAGGCAGAUGUCUUUAGCUAUGGCAUGAUGCUCCUCGAACUCAUAUCAGGCAGAAGAAAUGCUGAUCACGGAGAACAGCAUGGAUCCACCUUUUUCCCAAGCUUGGCUGCAAGCAAGCUUCAUGAAGGAGAUGUGCGGACCUUGUUGGACCCCAAGCUGAAUGGACAUGCAAAUGUUGAUGAACUCACAAGAGCUUGUAAGGUUGCCUGUUGGUGCAUCCAAGAUGACGAAACUGCUAGACCUACGACUGGUCAGAUUGUUCAAAUCCUCGAGGGAUUCCUUGACGUUAACAUGCCUCCUGUUCCAAGGUCAUUGAAAGUUCUUGGCGAAAGCCCUGAUGUUAUAAACUUCUUUUCAGAUAUAUCUUCAAGUCAGACAUCCCAGACACAGAACAGCAUGACAACUUCCCAGACGCGCAGUGCUACUUCAGGCAGUUCACAUCUCCAAAGGCCAUAA